AUGAUAUCCUCUGGCUUCACCAAUGCGCCCGUCUCGCAGCUCCUCGUCUUCGGCGCUGUCAUUACAGCCCUCCUGGCUACACUCACCGAUACAAGAUACUACCUGCACAUACUCGUUGUGCCACACAUAUGGGGUUAUGGCCAGUUUUGGCGUUUUGUAACGUGGCAGGCUAGCUACACAAAUUCCACAGAGGUGCUAUUCGCAGUUAUUUCGUUCUACCAACUACGCGUUAUAGAGCGAUUAUGGGGAAGUCGCAAGUUUGCCUCGUUCCUCGUUUCGACUCUACCAUACACCACACUCCUACCACCUCUCAUCCUAACUUUUGUCUUGCGACCCCUCACAUUUGGGCAUAUGAAUCACCUCCCCGCCGGACCCACCGCCAUGCUCUUCGCCCUCGUCGCAAACUACUACGCUGCCGUCCCAUACACAUAUCGCUAUAGCAUCUCUCCCUGGGCACCUACCACAACUACCUCCGCAUCCUCCUCACAAUCUAUAACUGCCCUCUGGUCGCGCAGUUUGACGCUAACGUCAAAAUCGCUCUCCUACCUCGCCCCUCUACAGCUCGCCUUCUCGCAAUUCCCCGGUUCCUUGAUCGCGGCUGCCAUUGGCUGGGGUGUCGGCACCGCAUACCGGCGAGACCUGCUCCCUGGGGCUACUCGCUGGCGCGUCCCCGGAUGGAUGGUCGGCGAAGAGAAUCGCGAUUCGAGAGGCUUUGAGGGGCUGAGAGCGAGAUUGGACGCAGAGAGGGAGAGAGAGGGCGGGACUGGGGAUGGACUCGCGACGGGGAUAUUGGCGGGAGAAACGGGAAAUGCUCAGCAGGCCAGGCAGAGGAGAACGCUAGGCGAUGUUGUGGCCGAGCAGUUCAGAGGGAGGGGAUAG